AUGUCGUCGGAGGCGUUUGACGCGCAGAUCAGAUUGAAUCUAGGGAGCGUGCACCACUCCGUCAGUGCCGUACUGCCCUUCAUGACAGCCCGGGAUGGUCCGAAGGGCGGCGUGAUCGUCAACAACGCCAGCGUUACAGCACUGCGGUAUAUUGGCAAACCACAGAUCGGGUAUGCGGCGGCGAAGGCGGGGAUCUUGAACUACACGCGGCAUUUAGCGGCCAUGUACGCGAGCAAGGGCGUGAGGGCAAAUGUAGUGGUGCCGGGAAUCAUUUGGACGCCUUUAGUGGAGAAUCUAGGAAAUUCGGACAAGCACGCGGAUCGAGAAGUGUGUACAUCAAUACGGAGGACUGGGGAGAUGGCACCAUUAGGAAGGAUGGGUACGGCGGAGGAUGUAGCGAAUGCGGUUUUGUUCUUGUGUUCGGAGAUGGCGGCGGGAUAUGUGACGGGGCAGGAGAUUGUGGUUGAUGGGGGACUGACGACGAGUAGUCCAUUCUGA